GUAUUGCUUUCUCUUCUAACUCUUCCUCGCCUCUCAUCAAUUCCUUUCCAUGGAUAACGCCUCCUCAUCCUACAAACUCCCACGGAAGUACGAUGUGCUCAUCAACUUCAACGGAGAAGACAUCCACAGGAAAUUUGUUUCUCAUCUCAAUUCUGUCCUCUCUACUGUUGGUCUCACCACUUUCCUUCAUCACCACAAUGCAGUAAAGUCAACUCACAUCCAAGAACCUAUUCUCAGCCGCUGUCGUGUAGCAAUUGUUGUUUUCACCCAAACCUAUUCUCAAUCUGCCUGGUGUCUUAAUCAGCUUCAACAAAUCAUCAAAUGGCACGAAACUUAUUGCCGACAUGUUCUGCCUGUAUAUUAUGAAAUCCAGCCAUCUGAUGUACGUCUUCAGAAGGGUGACUUUGGAAAAGCCUUGAAGGCAACUGCACAACAAACAUUUUCAGGAGAAGAACUGGAGGAUGGAAUGUCCAGGUGGAGUCAUGCACUCACCAAAGCUGCAAAUUUCUUUGGAUGGGAUGAGAGCAAUCACAGGAGUGAUGCUGAAUUAGUGGACAAAAUUGUUAAGAGCGUUGUUAAUUUACCAAUCUUGUCUGCUACUAAAUUUCCAGUUGGAUUACAAUCCCACGUGGAAGAUCUGAUUCGAACUAUAAAAAAUAAAUCCAAUGAAGUUUAUAUGAUAGGGAUAGGUGGAGAGGAAGGAUCUGGUAAAACCACUCUUGCCAAAGCCAUCUACAAUCAAAUUCAUUGGACAUUCAAGAAGAAAAGUUUCAUUGAAAAUAUUUCACAAGUCAGCGAAAUAAGAGGGCAACUUCGUUUACAAGAACAACUUCUUUUAGAUGUCCUAAAACAAAAGGUGGAGAUUCCUAACAUUGAUGUGGGAAGAAGUAUCAUUCGGGAAAGACUUUCUGGGAAAAGGGUGCUCAUUGUACUUGAUGAUUUGCCUUCCAAUUAUGAACUGUUAGCACUAUGGAAUUAUAGUCAUAAUUGGUUCGGUGAAGGAAGUGUAAUAAUCAUUACAAUAACAGAGUUCGGCGUAAUGAGUAAAUAUCCAGUUGAUUCUGUAUUUCGGAUAAACCUAAUGAACGAAGAGGAGUCCCUUGAGCUUCUUAGUUGGCAUGCAUUUAGAGAACCAAAACCAAAGGAAGAAUACGAAGACCUUGCAAGAAGAGUAGUUAGUUAUUGUGGAGGAUUACCUCUAGCUCUUGAAGUCAUUGGAAGUACUUUAUUUGAAAAGACGAAAGAGGAAUGGAACAGUUUAUUGUUUAGAUUUCGGAUCCCGAUGGUUGACAUUCAUACUGUUCGAGAGAUAAUAAAAGUAAGCAUCGAAGGUUCACUGAAUGAAAUGGAAAAAGAUAUAUUCCUUGAUAUAUGUUGUUUCUUUGUUGGUAAGAGCAGAGCCUAUGUUAGGAAGAUCCUAAAUGGCUGUGGAGUAGACGCUGAUAUUGCAAUAAGAGUUCUUAUCGAGCGUAACCUUAUCAAAAUUAAUAAGAACAACAAAUUUGGAAUGCAUCCUUUGCUACAAGAAAUCGGAAUAAAAAUUAUUUAUGAAAAUUCAGGAAAGGAUCUUGGGAAGAACAGGCGACUGUGGUUUGAUAAGGAUGCAAAAUAUGUGCCAGAAACCUUGCAGUGGUUGCCUGUGGAACCACCUUCAGUUCGCAUUGCCUUUGGAGAACCGAUUCUAAAUUCAGAGUACCUUCUUAAGAAGCUAAGAUGGAUCAGAUUGCAUGGGUUUUCUUCAGAAUGUCUACCUAACAACUCUUAUGAGGAUGAUUCAACAGCGAUUGAUUUAAAACGCAGUCUUCUUCGAUUUCUCUGGAAAACACCCCAGGUUUUGAGAUCCAUAAAAGUCCUUAACCUCAGUCACUCCGAGCAUUUAACUACAACCCCUGACUUUACCGGAUUACCAUGUCUUGAACACCUCAUUUUCAAAUAUUGUUCAAGAUUGAGCAAAGUACACCAAUCUAUUGGAUCACUCAACAGUCUUAUACUGCUAAAUUUGAAAGACUGUACAAGUCUAAACAAUCUUCCAACAGAGAUAUAUGACUUGAAAUCUUUAAGAACCUUCAUUCUUUCUGGUUGUUCCAAGAUUGACAUAAAGGAUAAAGAUAUAGCAAAGUUGGAAUCCUUGAUAACUUUAAUUGCUGAAAAUACAGCAGUGAAACUUGUUCCUUUUUCAAUUGUAAGCUCAAAAAGCAUUGGAUAUAUAUCCCUACGUGGAUUUGAGGGAUUAUCUCAUAAUCUUUUUCCUUCUAUCAUUCGGUCUUGGAUGUCCCCAAUAAUGAAUCCCAUCUCUUAUAUUCAUUUGUUUUGCAUGGAUAUGGAGGAUAAUACGAUUGAUAUUGCACCGUUGCUUAGCACCCUUGCAAAUAUUCGAAGGGUUUUGGUAGCAUGUGACACCGAUUUCCAAUUAUCUAAGGAACUGAAAAAUAUUUUGGAUGACUACUUUCCGGGUAUCACAGAAUCAGGAAUUUCAAAGCAGCACUGCAGGUGUUCUUUGAUUGGUGUUGGAGCAUACCACAAAUUCUUCAAUGCUGUCAAAAACAUAUAUGAGGUAUUGGCAAGCAGUGAGUCUGGUGAUAUUUGUCUCCCAGCCGUCAAUGAUCCUUAUUGUUUAACCCAUAUGGGUCAUGGACACUCUGUUUCUUUCGUUGUGCCUCAAGAUCGUUACAUGAAAGGAAUGACUUUGUGUGUUGUUUAUUUAUCAACUCCUAAAAUCAUUGAACCUGAAUUUACUACUGUCGUAGUUGUUAAUUACACAAAGUGUACAUUCCAGAUACACAACCAUGGCACAGUCAUUUCCUUUAAAGAUGAAGAUUGGCAUGACAUAAUGUUAAAUUUAGAAUCUGGAGACAAGGUGGAAAUUUUUGUGAAUUUCGGCAAUGGAUUGGUGGUCAAGAACACCACGGUGUAUCUGAUAUGUGGUGAAUCAAAGAACAUGAAAAAAGCGUCUGAGCCAAAGAAGCAUGGUCUCAUUAGAUUCGUAAAGAAAGUUGUAAUGUGACUUCUGAUAAGUCAUUUAUGUUCUUUGAGAACAACAUGAUCACUUUAGUGAUGGAAAUAAUACUAUUGUUCUUUAUUGCUAUUUA